UUUAUACUACUGCCCAGUGACCUACUUUUGAAACCACUCAGCAAGAAAUAUGUGUCCCCAAAGGCAGGCCCCAUACCCUGGCAGAGGCUGGAACCACCUGUGCAGUCAGGCCAGUCACAAGAUACGGAUUUCUGCUUUUUCAGCCCUGCGCAAUGGGACUAUGCCAGGCCCUGACAGAAACACUUUGUGUCCUUCAGGGAAAGGGCCAGCGAGGUACUGCAGGGACUCUAGAGGCCAACAGAAGGCUGACACCAGAGUAACCGCUUCACCGCACCUCCAGAUCCAUCCGCGCUCCCAAAAAUUUGGGGAUUCUUGAGGAGCUGGGGCCUAAGGCGAAGAGCCCGGGACCCCCCUCGCUAAUGUAAGGGGGACAGCCGAGGAACAACGGCGGGUGCUUCGAUCAACAGGGGUCUUUUGCUUGGGACUAUUUUGAGAGGCGGAUGGACACGUCAGCGUUCGGGGGCGGGGCCUGCCUGACAGGAACUGCAUAAAUACGGGCAGGGGUGCGUCACCGCGCAGAUCACAGCUGGAGAGAAAAAGGAACUGAGUUCGGAGGGAGCGGCGCUCAGGGCCGGAGACUUCAACAUGCAGAUCUUUGUGAAGACCCUGACUGGCAAGACCAUCACUCUUGAGGUUGAGCCCAGCGAUACCAUUGAGAAUGUGAAGGCCAAGAUCCAGGACAAGGAAGGCAUUCCUCCUGACCAGCAGAGGCUGAUCUUCGCUGGCAAGCAGCUGGAAGACGGGCGCACCCUGUCUGACUACAACAUCCAGAAAGAAUCCACCUUGCACCUUGUGCUGCGCCUGAGGGGUGGCAUGCAGAUCUUUGUGAAGACGCUGACUGGCAAGACCAUCACCCUUGAGGUUGAGCCCAGCGAUACCAUUGAGAAUGUGAAGGCCAAGAUCCAGGACAAGGAAGGCAUUCCUCCUGACCAACAGAGGCUGAUCUUUGCUGGCAAGCAGCUGGAAGACGGGCGCACCCUGUCUGACUACAACAUCCAGAAGGAGUCCACCUUGCACCUUGUGCUGCGCCUGAGGGGUGGCAUGCAGAUCUUUGUGAAGACGCUGACUGGCAAGACCAUCACCCUUGAGGUUGAGCCCAGCGAUACCAUUGAGAAUGUGAAGGCCAAGAUCCAGGACAAGGAAGGCAUUCCUCCUGACCAACAGAGGCUGAUCUUUGCUGGCAAGCAGCUGGAAGACGGGCGCACCCUGUCUGACUACAACAUCCAGAAGGAGUCCACCCUACACCUUGUGCUGCGCCUGAGGGGUGGCAUGCAGAUCUUUGUGAAGACCCUGACAGGCAAGACCAUCACUCUUGAGGUUGAGCCCAGCGAUACCAUUGAGAAUGUGAAGGCCAAGAUCCAGGACAAGGAAGGCAUUCCUCCUGACCAGCAGAGGCUGAUCUUCGCUGGCAAGCAGCUGGAAGACGGGCGCACCCUGUCUGACUACAACAUCCAGAAGGAGUCCACCCUACACCUUGUGCUGCGCCUGAGGGGUGGCAUGCAGAUCUUUGUGAAGACGCUGACUGGCAAGACCAUCACCCUUGAGGUUGAGCCUAGUGACACCAUUGAGAAUGUGAAGGCCAAGAUCCAGGACAAGGAAGGCAUUCCUCCUGACCAGCAGAGGCUGAUCUUCGCUGGCAAGCAGCUGGAAGACGGGCGCACCCUGUCUGACUACAACAUCCAGAAAGAAUCCACCUUGCACCUUGUGCUGCGCCUGAGGGGUGGCAUGCAGAUCUUUGUGAAGACCCUGACUGGCAAGACCAUCACCCUUGAGGUUGAGCCCAGCGAUACCAUUGAGAAUGUGAAGGCCAAGAUCCAGGACAAGGAAGGCAUUCCUCCUGACCAGCAGAGGCUGAUCUUCGCUGGCAAGCAGCUGGAAGACGGGCGCACCCUGUCUGACUACAACAUCCAGAAGGAGUCCACCUUGCACCUUGUGCUGCGCCUGAGGGGUGGCUGUUAGUCACUGUGCAUCUUGCUUGAUGAGAUUGCUGAUAGCACUUGUGUUUGCACUGUAGUCCUUCUAAUGUCUUAAAUUAAAUGCAAAGUUAAUGCAAGCUUAAGUAACUGCUGAACUGUGUUGUAAUGCUAAUAAAGUUUUCUGUUGCACAUCACAA